CUCGAACACCUUGCUCUACCCAUAAUCCUCGGAACGAAUCUCUUUGUGUCUCUCCAAACAAAUAAAAAGUCAUGGUCUUCCUGUUUCAUAUUGCCACAUAGCCCUUGGGGAUAUCUCUGAUCUUGCUUUCUUUAUUGCCUCCUUUCGAUUCUCACCCCACUGUCUAAUAUCAAUUCUAACAUCCUCAUGGCGGAUUCUUCAGACCAGGAGCAUCUGUCACCAUCUGCGACGGUGGAGCAGGCUGGCCUUGGUAGUGCUAUCGUCGGCGCAGCCGAAGCAGAAUCAACUGUACAAGCAUCUUCAUCAGAACAAAUUCCUGUCGAUAAUCUUUCUGAUCCAAUACUAUCUCCGACUCAGUCUUCCAUUCACCCUCUUCCCAUGAAAUCUGUCAGCCAAGUUUCCUCGCAAGCCGCGACGCCAAAAAUGGCAGAGUCCAUGACUCCCGUACCUCCGCAGGCGCAAUCCAAACCUCGGAUUGUGGGUGGGUUUGAAGUGGAUGAUGACGAAGAAGAAGGUGAAGAGGCGGAGCAGGAUGAUGAAGAUGAUGCAGAUGUCUAUGAUCCAGCCGUUGGUUUGGAUUUCGAUGCACCGACUCCUGCUGCUGAUACUGCUGUCCCUUCGAAUCCCCUUGAUAGAAGUUCCCAGUCCCCAGAACAAGAAAAUGGAAUCACUCCUGCUCCUGUCCAGGCCGCUGGUAGUCUCACUGACAUUUCUUCUUCCACUCUCCCCCCAAGCGGUGAUGCGCCUCGUGCUGCAACUGCUACACCUGCUCAGACUGUUCCUGCCACUCAAGCUCCAGUUCAACCUUCUCCACCCCGUUCUCAUGUGAAUGGUACCGUCAGUGCAGCUUUACCCAAGUCUCGACUAGCUCAUGAUGUGAUUGGCAUUCUCGAGGAUCGCAUCAAAGACGACCCGCGAGGAGACACAGCUGCAUAUCUCGAACUGAUUGAUGAACUAAAGAGUCGAAACAAGCAAGACGAUGUCAGACGCAUCUACGAGCAGUACCUAACAGUGUUUCCCCUAGCUGCCGAACAAUGGUGCGCUUAUGUGAAAUGGGAGGAAGAACACGAUCGGCUUCGUGCAAUGGAGACGCUUUUCAACCGAUCUCUCCUUGAAGUUCUUGACGUGCAACUUUGGACGUUAUACAUCAAUUACAUCCGCAGGCGUAACAGUAUGCAAUCCGGCGAUGUGACCAGGUCCUACAACAUCAUCAACGAGUCAUUCAGUUUUGCUCUCAAGACCAUCGGCAUGGACAUGAGCUCUGGGCCCCUGUGGCAGGAUUAUAUCACCUUCUUGAAGAGUGGACCUGGCACGAUUGGAGGUACUGGUUGGCAAGACGCAGCAAAAGUCGACACGCUGCGAGAAGCAUACCAAAAAGCAAUUGCGGUACCUACAGCCGCGACGACAGUCCUCUGGAAGGAAUACGACGCUUUUGAGACGGGGCUUAGCAAGAUCAAUGGUCGAAAAUAUCUACAAGAAAAAUCUCCAGUGUACAUGACAGCACGUACUGCCUACACCCAACUACAAAAUUUGACCAAAGACCUUAAGCGGACCUCCAGACCACGUUUACCGCCGGCAGCGGGGUAUGAUGGUCAUGCCGAAUAUCUUCAUCAAGUUCACGUAUGGAAACAAUGGGUCCAGUGGGAAAAGGAAGAUAAUCUCGUGAUCAAAGACGAGGAUCUUGCUCUGUACAAAAAUCGAAUUUUGUUUACCUUCAAGCAAGCGUUGAUGGCUUUGCAAUUCUGGCCAGAGAUGUGGUAUGAUGCCGUGGAGUUCUGCUUCUCGAAUGGACUAGAAAACGACGGCAUCAAACUUCUGAACCAGGGCAUUGCCGCCAAUGUUGAAUCACCACUCCUCGCCUUCAAGCUCGCAGAUCGGGUCGAAUCCUCGACACAGAACGACGAAGGGGCAGAUCCAGGGGCCAAGGAAAGAAUGAAAAAAAUCCGUGAACCCUAUGACAAAGUUUUGGAUGCGCUUUACGACUUGAUCAAGAAGGUUGCCUCUCGAGAAGCCAUUGAGAUCCAGAGAAUAGAAGCCGCGGCUGCGACAAACGGCGAGGCUAAUGGAGGGGAAGAGGAUGAAAUUAAUGCUGCCAAUGUCACGGCGAGGAAAGCGGUCGUUGACGGUCAGAUUGAGCUUAUCAGAAAAAGCGCCCACGCGCAGAUAGACAUGUUGAGUCGUACCAUCUCACACGUCUGGAUUGCUCUUAUGCGUGCGACCAGGAGAGUUCAAGGAAAAGGCUUGCCCGGCGAAAAAGGUCCUAGUGGGUUCCGAAUCGUCUUUGGCGAGGCGCGAAAACGGGGCAAAUUGACCAGCGAAUUCUACGUUGAGUCGGCGCGCAUCGAAUGGCAGUGCUAUCGCGAUCCCGCUGGUACCAAGAUCCUUGAUCGCGGCAUGAAGCUUUUCCCGGAGGAUGACUAUCUGCCUCUGCAAUAUGUCAAGCAUCUCUUUGAGAUCAACGAUGUAACAAAUGCCAGGGCGGUGUUUGAAACCACGGUCAAACGUUUACUUGCUCACGACGACGCAGAAUACACGGCCAAAGCAAAGCCGUUGUUCGCUUAUCUGCACGACUAUGAAUCCAAAUACGGCGAAUUGGCUCAAGUUCAAUCACUGGAGGAGAGAAUGAGGAAACUAUUCCCUGAAGACCCCGACUUGAAGUUGUUCUCCAGCCGCUACAGCACAACCACCUUCGACACCAUCAGCGUCCAUCCCGUUAUAUCUCCCACCCAAACCCAAGAAGCCCAGACUUCUGUGGUGAAUUCCAUCGAAGUACCCGAUGUAGUCAACUCUCCGAUCCAGAAGGUUAUCGACUCGAUAACCACGAAUUCUCCUAAACGGCCAUACCCGGAUGAUUUCGAGGACGCUGGCCCGCGCAAGAUGGCACGGGGCGAGUCACCUUUGAAGGGUGCGGCUGGUCGUCGUAUCAACCAACAGCAGCAACGUCAGACGAACCCUCCGGCCGGUUUGGCAGCGUUCCCUGUUCCUCCCCCGCUGCCACCACAAAUCACGUACCUACUCAGCGUGCUCCCCAAAGCCUCAACGUAUGUAGACGCUCGGCUGGACGCGACAAAAAUGGUGGAACUGAUCCGCGACAUCCAUUUGCCUCCUCCGGGGGCAGUGACUGGUCAACAUCCUGCCCCAGCAGCUGUUGCAGCAGCUGGCUGGCCGUCAUAUCCACAACAUCAGCCUUCACCAAUGCCACCGCAAGGCUUCAUGCCCACACCGGGAGCUUCACAGGCACCAUAUGGAAGUGGUGAGUGGACCCUACCACGUUUCUUGCAUCUGUAAUGUGCUGAUUGUACUCUAGCUCCAUUCCGGUAUCCCUGAUCUCGAGCGGUGGCGAGAGUGUACUAUGACGACGAACGUUUUAAGAGGGAGGCUUUUCAGCCUAAUCUAUGACGAACCCUGGUGGGAGCCAAGGAUGAGUUGUGAGCUUGACAGACGCCUGCUACUAUACUCCGUACACUAAAUCCUAAGAAUAAUACCAAAAGUGUAAUUCUUCCAUUUUUCGGGUGCCU